AUGUCGGCUACGCUUUACGUGCUCUCCACGCUGGGUGGAUACGUCCUCACCUCCGCGCUCCUCCUCAAGUGUCCGGGGCUGCUCCACCGGCCCAAAAGGCAGCGCUUUCGCUGCCGGCACAUCUCGCACCGCGGCGGUGCUGGAGAGAACCUGGAGAACACAAUGACAGCCUUUCACCAUGCUGUGAAUUUGGGGACAGACAUGCUGGAACUGGAUUGUCACCUGACAAAAGAUGAGCAAGUGGUUGUGUCCCACGAUGAGAACCUGAAGAGAUCAACAGGAGUUGAUGUCAACAUAUCUGACCUCAAAUACUCGGAACUUCCACCCUAUCUCUGCAAGUUGGAUGUCACCUUUCAGAAAGCCUGUCAGUGUGAGGGGACAGACAAUCGUAUCCCACUCCUGAAAGAGGUGUUUGAGGCAUUUCCAGAAACUCCUGUCAACAUUGACAUCAAAAUGAACAACAACGUGUUGAUCAGAAAGGUCUCAGAGCUGGUGACUGAGUACAAGAGAGAGCAUCUCACCGUGUGGGGGAAUGUCAAUUAUGAGAUUGUGUGCAAGUGUUUCAAGGAGAACUCUGACAUUCCCACCAUCUUCUGUGCCCAGCGUGUCCUCCUGCUCCUUGGCCUGUUCUACACUGGUCUGCUGCCAUUUGUUCCCUUCAAGGAGGAAUUCUUUGAGAUCCCCAUGCCUUCCAUCAUCCUCAAGCUGAAAGAACCAGAGAAGAUGUCAAGAAGCCAGAAAUUUAUUAUCUGGCUGGCUGACACGCUGCUGAUGAGGAAGGCACUGUUUGAUCACCUUACAGCUCGGGGCAUCCAGGUGUACAUUUGGGUACUGAAUGAAGAACAAGAAUACAAGAGAGCAUUUGAUCUUGGAGCUACUGGAGUGAUGACAGACUAUCCAACAAAACUGAAGGAGUUCUUACAUAAUUACCCAGCAUAA